AUGGCUCAUGUUAUUAUUCCAAAAGGGACAUAUAUAUUGAAUGAAGUAAAGUUUCUAGGACCCUGCAAAGGACAAAUAAACUUUUGGAUUGAAGGUGUGGUGCAGGCUCCACCCGAUCCAAUAGCCAUUAAAUCUGAUGUCUGGGUUGUUUUUGAAACCAUCACUGGCCUCACAGWGUUUGGAGGUGGAACCUUUGAUAGCCAAGGACAAAAGGCUUGGACUGUGAACGAUUGUAGCAUGCAUUUUGACACCUGUUGGAUACUACCAACAAAUGUAAGAUUCAACUUUAUCACUAAUGGUCUCAUCCAUGACAUAACCUCAUUGAAUAGCAAGAUGUUUAACCUUUUUCUAUUUGGUGGAAACAAUGUGACUUUCCAACAUAUUACUGUCACGGCACCGGCGAACAGUCUUAACACCGAUGGCAUCCACAUUGGAAGAUCAACCGGAGUGAAAAUUUUGGAUGCAACAAUUGGAACAGGUGAUGAUUGUGUCUCAGUUGGAGAUGGUACUAAAGAUUUAAUCGUCAGCAAGGUAACAUGUGGACCAGGGCAUAGCAUUAGCAUUGGCAGUUUGGGUAAUUAUGACAACGAAGAACCUAUGGCUGGACUGCAUGUAAGCGACUGCACUUUGACAAACAUAGAUAAUGGUGUAAGGAUUAAAACAUGGCCUAACUCUAAGCCUGGAAGUGCCUCUGAUAUCUCUUUUACUGGUAUAGUAAUGAACAAUGUCUCCAAUCCAAUUAUCUUAGAUCAAAACUACUGUCCACACGCAAUCUGUGACACGCAACCAUCACGUGUUAAGGUGAGUGGAGUUAAUUUUGAUAACAUUAAGGGCACUUUGGCAACACAACAAUGUGUAAUACUUUCAUGCAGCCCGAUCGUGCCUUGUGAGAAUGUGGAGAUUGGAGAAAUCAACUUGGUUUAUAAUGGACCACUAGGACCUGGAAAUUCUACAUGUUUAAAUGUCAAGCCAACCUUUACUGGCCAUCAAGUCCCACCUGUUUGUGCUCCACCUGAAGCAUGA